AUGAACAACAGCGCAAGUGCGGCUUUCAAACUGCAAAAUCAGGUGGAAAAUCAAGGAUUGAGACAGAUGAUCAAGGUUCUUCCCAUCGCCAUAGUAAUAAUUGUUACAAACGGACUCGUGUUUUUCUUGUUUUAUAAACGAAAGAGCCUGCGCAUCAAGUCUAAUUACCUUCUGCUUGGCCUAGCGGUCUGCGACUUUCUGACAGGCGCAGUAAACAUUCCAUACUUCAUUAUUUUCUUUUUCAGUGUGGUACCUUCUCAGAUGUUUGAUCAGUUUGCCUUUUGGUUCUACGCCCUUCACACUCUUACGGCUGUUUCGGCAGCUUAUCACAUUCUUGUCAUAACUGCAGAAAAGUUUCUGGCAAUUGCUCAGCCACUGAGACAUCAUAUAGUCACCAAAAAGGCAGUGUUCAAAGUAUUAGCGGGAAUUUGGUUCAUAUCAGCUUUUAUCGCUAUAAUACCGCUCUCUUGGCGGAAUGCCAAAUCAAAAAGCCUUGCUCUUAUCAUUCAUUCUUCCUUUUGCCUCGCUCUCGUAUUCUUGGUCCCGUAUGUAUUUAUGGUGUACGCGUACACGGUGAUGUUCAAA